UCACGUUCGCUCUUUCCAACUCUCGCGGGGUCUGGCACGGGCGGGUGCGCAGGCGUGUGGCGCCGUUGGUGAGGGGAGGGCGAGAGCGAGAGCGGAGCAACGGCUCCGGUGCUCCCGACUGUCGGUCGUCAUGCGGGCUGUCCCCACCUGGAUUGACCGGGUACACGACCGGGAGAAGGUGGAGCAAUGUAUUUAUGAUAUAGCAUUCAAACCAGAUGGAACCCAGUUGAUAGUAGCAUCAGGAAACAGAGUUCUGGUAUAUGACACUUCUGAUGGAACUCUCAUUCAACCACUCAAAGGGCACCGAGACACAGUCUACUGUGUCGCCUAUGCUAAAGAUGGUAAGCGAUUUGCAUCAGGUUCCACUGACAAGAGUAUUAUUAUCUGGACCUCCAAACUAGAAGGCAUCUUGAAGUAUACCCAUAAUGAUUCCAUUCAGUGCAUUGCAUAUAACCCAGUAACUCACCAGCUGGCUUCCUGUUCUUCCAGUGAUUUUGGUUUGUGGUCUCCAGAGCAAAAAUCUGUCUCCAAGCACAAAGUCAAUAGCAAAAUCACAUGCUGCAGUUGGACAAAUGAUGGUCAGUACUUGGCUAUUGGCUUGUUCAGUGGUAUUGUCAGUAUCCGAAGUAAGAAUGGAGAAGAGAAAGUGAGAAUUGAGCGAUCUGGUGGUGUCCCAAUAUGGUCAAUUUGCUGGAAUCCAUCCAAAGAUGAACACACUGACAUUCUUGCUGUGGCAGACUGGGGACAGCGACUUUCUUUCUACCAACUGAGUGGCAAACAAAUUGGAAAAGACAGAGCAUUGAAUUUUGACCCUUGUUGUGUCAGCUACUUCACAAAGGGAGAGUAUAUCGUGAUGGGAGGCUCAGAUAAGCAAGUCUCUUUGUAUACCAAAGAUGGAGUUCGGCUUGGUUGUAUUGGAGAACAGCAAUCCUGGGUCUGGACCUGCAGGGUGAAGCCAGAUUCCAAUUAUGUUGUUGUAGGCUGCCAAGACGGUACAAUAGCCUUUUACCAAAUCAUUUUUAGCACAGUACAUGGCUUGUACAAGGACCGUUAUGCCUACAGGGAUAGCAUGACUGAUGUCAUUGUCCAACAUCUCAUCACAGAGCAAAAAGUGCGUAUCAGAUGCAGGGAGCUCGUGAAGAAGAUUGCGAUUUAUAAAAACCGACUAGCCAUCCAGCUGCCAGAAAAAAUCCUCAUCUACGAGCUCUUUUCAGAAGAUAAUACUGACAUGCAUUACCGUGUCAAGGAGAAGAUUGCUAAGAAAUUUGAAUGCAACUUGUUGGUUGUGUGCUCCCAACACCUUAUCUUGUGUCUGGAGAAAAGAUUACAGUGCUUGUCAUUUAGUGGUGUGAAGGAGAGGGAAUGGCUCAUGGAGUCGCUCAUUCGCUACAUUAAGGUUAUUGGAGGACCAACAGGAAGAGAAGGCUUGUUAGUUGGUCUAAAAAAUGGUCAGAUACUGAAAAUAUUCGUUGACAAUCCUUUUGCCAUUGUGCUUCUGAAGCAAGCUACAUCAGUACGCUGUUUAGACAUGAGUAUGUCUCGCAACAAACUGGCUGUGGUGGACGAACACAACACAUGUCUUGUAUAUGACUUAAGUACCAAGGAACUUCUUUUCCAGGAGCCGAAUGCUAACAGUGUGGCCUGGAAUACCCAAUGUGAGAAUAUGCUUUGUUUCUCUGGCGGUGGAUUUCUCAACAUAAAAGCCAGUAAUUUUCCUGUGCACCAACAGAAGCUCCAAGGUUUUGUGGUAGGCUACAAUGGCUCCAAGAUCUUCUGCCUCCAUGUGUAUGCCAUGUCUGCUGUUGAGGUCCCACAGUCUGCACCCAUGUAUCAAUACUUGGAAAAGAAGAUGUACAAGGAAGCCUAUCAGAUUGCUUGCUUAGGAGUAACAGAGAAUGACUGGAGAGACCUGGCAAUGGAGGCUUUGGAAGGAAUGGACUUUGAAACUGCUAAGAAGGCUUUUGUUCGAGUGCGAGACCUCCGCUAUCUAGAACUAAUUAACAGCAUAGAAGAGCGUAAAAAGCAUGGUGAGAAUGAUAAUGAGCUGUUUUUAGCAGAUGUGCAUGCCUACCAGGCCAAGUUUCACGAGGCUGCCAAGUUAUACAAGAAAACGGGAAAUAAUAGUCGAGCCCUAAACAUGUACACAGAUCUUCGGAUGUUUGACUAUGCCAAGGAUUUCCUUGGCUCAGGCGAUCCCAAGGACACUAAGAUGUUAAUUACUAAACAAGCAGACUGGGCCAGAAAUAUCAAUGAACCAAAAGCAGCAGCAGAAAUGUAUCUCUCUGCUGGAGAACAUCUGAAAGCAGUCGAGAUCAUCGGGGACCAUGGUUGGGUUGAUAUGUUAAUUGAUGUAGCUCGUAAACUAGACAAGGCUGAGCGGGAACCCCUAUCCAGGUGUGCUUAUUUUUUAAAGAAGCUGCAGCAUCCUGGAUAUGCUGCAGAGACGUAUAUGAAGAUGGGGGACUUGGAGGCUCAGGUCCUGCUGCACGUGGAAACUAGGCACUGGGAGGAGGCCUUCACUUUGGUAGAAAAACAUCCGGAGUUCAAAGACCUUGUGUACGUGCCAUAUGCACAGUGGCUGGCAGAAAAUGAUCAGUUUGAAGAAGCCCAAAAAGCAUUUCACAAAGCCGGUCAGCAAGAUGAGGCAGUUAAAGUUCUGGAACAAUUGACCCACAAUGCAGUUCUGGAAAGCCGGUUCAACGAUGCAGCCUAUUAUUAUUGGAUGUUGUCUAUGCAGUGCCUAGAUAUAGCUCGAGAAAAGAAGGAAAAGCAACUCGAGAUGCUUAAAAAGUUUCACCAUUUCCAGAAUCUAGCAGAACUCUACCAUGCAUAUCACUCAAUCCAGAGAUAUACGGAUGAACCUUUCAGUUCCCAUUUACCUGAAGCACUUUUCAACAUCUCACGGUUUUUACUACAUAGCCUCACUAAAGAAACUCCUUUGGGCAUCUCCAAAGUUAAUACUUUAUUUGCUCUCGCCAAGCAAAGUAAAGCCCUGGGUGCAUACAAAUUGGCUCGACACGCUUACGACAAAUUGCAGGGCCUGCGCAUUCCUGCCAGGUUCCAGGAGUCCAUUGAGCUGGGCAGCCUGACAAUUCGAUCCAAGCCAUUCCAUGACAGUGAGGACUUUGUGCCUAUGUGCUAUAGGUGUUCAACUAACAACCCACUCCUCAACAACCAGGGAAAUGUCUGCAUCAACUGCCGACAGCCUUUUGUGUUCUCUGCUUCCUCCUAUGAGGUGCUGCCGCUUGUUCAAUUCUAUUUGGAAGAAGGGAUUACGGAUGAGGAAGCAGUCGCGCUGAUUGAUCGUGAAGUGCCCAGUACAGAAUUGAGAAAGGAUACCUGGCAAGAAAAGAGUAUUGGCGAUUCACAAACUCUACAACUUGAUGAUAGUGUGGCCAAGAUCGAGACAGAUCCAUUUUCUGCAAAACUAAGUUUUGAGCAAGGAGGCUCAGAUUUUGUCCCUGUGGUUGUGAAUAGGGAAGUACUACAGUCAAUGAGCAAGAGGGAUGUUUUGAUUAAACGCUGGCCAAAGCCAUUAAGGUGGCACUACUAUCGGUCUCUGUUACCUGAUGUCUCCAUCACAAUGUGCCCCACAUGUUUCCAGAUGUUUCACAGCGAAGACUAUGAAUUGCUUGUUCUUCAGCACAAUUGCUGCCCAUACUGUCGCCGGCCAAUAGAUGAACCCAGUCCAUAAUGAACAGAUUUGGUGAUCAACUGUUGUCAGUAGUUACCUGACAAUAGUUCAACAAGACACAGCUGAAGAUUAAGAAGGAUAUUUACAUUCCAAUAUUAUGGGAAUCUAGGCCCUGAGAACUUUGCAGCAGUUUUCAACAUUUAAGACAACUUUUAUAUCCUUGAGUAGCAGAGCAAGACUGGAGAAAAAAGCAGCACCUACGUGUGUGACAUGUAGGGCAGCACCUGUGGUUUUAGAAGGAGAAACCCAGAAGUUUCUAAAAUAUUCUCAAAUCUAAAAUUUGACAGUUGUGUAUUGAGUAUUUAUAAAAUAAAACCAAUAAAGAUUGUAUAUUACAUGAUGCAAGUGGAUUUUAAAUAAAAACUCAUGAAAGGUA